AAAUGCAGCAAGAUCAGCGAAAGAAGACUUCAUCAGAGAUGGACUUUUUCACUGAAUAUGGUGAUGCGAAUAGAUACAAAAUUCAGGAGGUCAUCGGUAAAGGAAGCUAUGGAGUUGUGUGUUCGGCAAUUGAUACACAUACUGGAGAAAAAGUGGCAAUCAAGAAGAUACAUGAUAUCUUUGAACACAUAUCUGAUGCUGCACGGAUUCUCCGUGAGAUUAAGCUUCUCCGGCUUCUAAGACAUCCUGACAUUGUAGAGAUCAAGCACAUUAUGCUGCCUCCAUCAAGAAGGGAUUUCAAAGAUAUUUAUGUUGUUUUUGAGCUCAUGGAGUCAGAUCUUCAUCAAGUCAUCAAGGCUAAUGAUGACUUGACAAAAGAACAUUAUCAGUUUUUUCUUUAUCAGCUGCUCCGUGCUUUGAAAUAUAUCCAUACGGCUAAUGUUUAUCAUCGUGAUUUAAAGCCAAAGAACAUUCUAGCAAAUGCUAACUGCAAACUCAAAAUUUGUGAUUUUGGAUUAGCAAGAGUUGCAUUCAGUGAUACCCCCACAACAAUAUUUUGGACGGAUUAUGUUGCAACCAGAUGGUACAGAGCUCCUGAGCUAUGUGGGUCAUUCUUUUCUAAGUACACUCCUGCUAUUGAUAUAUGGAGCAUAGGUUGCAUUUUUGCUGAGGUCUUAACAGGAAAGCCUUUAUUUCCCGGUAAGAAUGUGGUUCAUCAGUUGGAUUUGAUGACUGAUCUUCUUGGAACACCUUCCUUGGAUACAAUAUCUCGGGUCCGAAAUGAGAAGGCAAGAAGAUACCUGAGCAGUAUGAGGAAAAAACAGCCUGUACCAUUUUCACAGAAGUUUCCUAAUGCAGAUCCUUUAGCACUUAAACUUUUGGAAAGGCUUUUAGCUUUUGAUCCCAAGGACCGGCCAACUGCUGAAGAGGCAUUGGCUGAUCCAUACUUCAAAGGCCUGGCUAAAGUUGAGAGAGAACCAUCUUGCCAACCAAUCACAAAGAUGGAGUUUGAGUUUGAGCGUCGAAGAGUGACCAAAGAAGACAUUAGGGAACUUAUAUUCCGUGAGAUAUUGGAAUAUCAUCCGCAAUUGCUGAAGGACUACGCUAGUGGAACAGAGAGGACAACAUUCCUCUAUCCUAGUGCCGUCGAUCAAUUCAGGAAGCAAUUUGCUCAUCUUGAGGACAGUGGUGGUAAAAGCGGGCCAGUGAUUCCAAUAGAUAGAAAGCAUGCAUCUCUCCCUAGGUCUACCAUGGUCCAUUCCACUCCAAUUCCUCCCAAGGAACAGCCCAAUAUGGCUUUAUACAGAGACAGGCAGUGGCAGACCUCAGACGAGGUAUGUAAGAAUUCUCGGGACACAGAAAGAUUGUUGGGGAGUAUGUCAAAGGCUUCACAGGCGCCUCAGAGGAUUCCAACUGCUAGGCCAGGAAAGGUUGUUGGCCCAGUAAUGCCUUACGAGAAUGGAAGUCUUAAGGAUGCUUAUGACCCAAGAAGGCUGAUGAGGAAUCCUGUGCUUCCACCGCAUCCUGCCAUUCCUCCAGCUUACUGUUUCCACAGGACCGCGGACAAGUCGGAGAACUCCGACAGAGACACAGCAGAGGUGGAGAGGGAGUAUAAUAUACAGCAGCACAAACCACCUCAACAGUUCAUACCCAGCAAGAUGGCGCCAGACAUAGCGCUUGAUAUGAGGGCUUCACCCUUCUUUCUUUCAGGGGGGACAAGGGCUGAUGCAGCUGACAGAAUCACGAUGGAGGCAAACUUGCUACAGGCAAAAUCCCCCUUCAAUGGGAUUGCUGCAGCAGCGGCUGCAGCUGCUGCAGGUGCUCACAGGAAGGUUGGUGCUGUUCAGUUCGGCAUGUCAAGGAUGUAUUAGGCAGGCACACAUCAAUAUGCCAUGAUCAUUGCACCAUCUCUGUUGCCACGAAUAAUGGGAUUUACCCGCUCCAAGUCAGAAAGUGGAAGGUAAAGAAAAGGCUCGGGAGUAAAGGAAAUUACAGUAAGGUGGGGUGGUGAAGUGCGAACGAACCGGCUGUUGUCCGUGGAAGUGCGCGUGCUGCCGUUCUGUAACGUUGGGGAUGCUUUUUCGCCUUGUGCAAGUGCGGUUCCUUUGAAACUAUCAACGUACGGGAGAAAAGGGAGGGUUUUCGUUAAUUUUAUUACGGUAUACUGUCUGCACGGCUGUUAGGGACGGUCCUCAGGAAGUUUCCACAGCGAGAAAAGUAAGUGUUGGAAUGUGAAGCGGUGGAUCACCUCCAUGGGCAAAAAUGCCUAAGAAAAGGAGAAAUUUGAUUUUUUUUUUUUUUUGAUUGAGUACACUAUGUCUUACUUUAGUAGAACUCUGCCAAUGGAGGUCCCUCUCUGUUCCAUCACACAUUUCCAACCAUUCCAAAAUUUUAGAGCUUUUCUCAAGUUCACUGGGUCUGGAAUAUCCAUGUGGAAAGGAUAAUGACUAUAGCUUGAUUGAUGAGGCUGCUCUAUUGCGUAUGAAAGAUCCUGUAGCAAUAGUUUUCGAUAGAGAAUUAUUGGUGGCUAUAAUUUGACUGCACAAGCCAUGUGAUGAUUAGAUCCAAUGAAUCGCCAAGUGGUGACAGCUGAUCACACGUGUUGUCGCUAUUGAUAUUUCCUUGAACAAAGUGUCCGGUAAAAUGAAUGUUGUUUGACC